CAGCGAGGCUCGGCCGGCGGAGCGGCGGCAUGCGGCGGGCUCGGGCCGCGGGGCUGGCGGCGCUGGCCGUGGUUCUGAUCGUGGCUGUGGCCAGAGCCCAGGUAGCGCAGGAGCCGUCAGUGGAGACUACCGAGGGCACCGGCAUCAACAUCACCUGCUCACAUCCCAAAAUCCUGACCAGCCAAACCAUCUACUGGUACCGUCAGCUCCCUGGCCGAGGACCAGAAUUAUUCGUGAGCAUUCACAAAGACUCCAAAGAACUGCCGGGCAGUGCGGGCCAUGUGUUGGUGUCGGCAGAUCGGCGUUCGAGCUCGCUGUGGCUCGCUGAGCCCCGGCGCGGGGACGCGGCCGUGUAUUACUGCGCGCUGGGGGCCACGGGGAAUUAUGGCAAACUUACCUUUGGAGCUGGAACCAAACUGGUGGUUUCUCCAGAAGUCACUCCAUCUCCCUCCGUCUACAGGCUGACCUCCAAAGAUGCCCAGGGCCUGGAGAUGUGCCUCAUCACAGAUUACUCCCCUGAGAAGCUCACUCUGAGCUCAGCAGAGCAGCACACAUCUGCUGUGGUGGGGGUGGCCACGGAUGGGGACAGCGAGGAGUCCAGCUACCUGUCCACCUACUGGGCCACGAGUGACCACCUGCACUGUGCUGCCAGCCACGAGGGCUUUGGAGAGCUGGAGGAAGAGGACCCUGAGAGUGGUGCCAGUGCUGUCUGUGUCACAGGGCUGUCCCUCCACUUCAGGACAGAUGAGCACUUGAACACCAUUUCUUUGUCACAGCUGGGCCUCAAAAUCGUUUUAAUGAAAAUAGUCAUUUUUAACGUGCUGAUGACAGUGCUUGUGUGGAAGAAGAAAAAGGACUGAGAGGAACCAGCUGGGGCAGUCCUGAAGUACCAAACCCAUCAGCUUUGAGAGAGCAUCGUGGGCAAGAGGGAGCUCAGGGAAAUUCCUUGUGCAAGGAACAUCCCCUGCUGCUCUUACACAUCACACCAGCCAUGAUAUUCUAAAUUGCUUUAUUUGCAUUGCUAUAAAACUGCUCAAAAUUAAACAUUUCCAGCGUUUUGCCCUCCAGAUGUCUGGGUCAUUCACCACACUGUGCCUGUUUUGCAUGAAGCAGACUUUGCUAUAAUUAUACAUUGCCAAGUUGUUGCUUCUAUUAAAAUUACAAUUUCUGCCUAGAGCAGUGCUGUGUGUUAAAAACUGCAAGCUAAAUAUCAUCUGAAUGGGAAUUUUUCCUAUUUUGGUAGCUUUAGGGUGUUCAUAUCUCUUAGGGUGCACCCCCAGUAACCUUUUCAGGUGCAAAUGAAACACUUUAAAAAGCAAAGGGAAACUGAAUCAGGAUGCACUGUCCUGUCACCUUUUGGUGGAUUAGAGGAAGAUAUCCCAUUUUUCCCCUAAAGGAUGAGCUGCAGUCUUCCAGAAAUUCCAAAUUCAGUGAAAUUGCCAGUUCAAUGUCACAGAAGAAAUAUUUAAAAGGAUUUUUUAAAAGUUUAUCUGACCAUAACACUUCUUAAUUUAAACCAGUUUAAGAUCUGGCUUUCUGUUCAAAAUACAAACCACUUUUGUAAAACUACAAACCACUUUUGUUCUUUUUGUUUGCUUCUAACAACUGAAAUAUUUACCUGUCCUUGUGUGCCCACCUUGGAACUGUGCUUGCCUGUGGCAUCUGCAUGCUGCUAAUCCAUGGACUGUCCUGGCACCCACCAGAUGUCUUGGCAUUUCUUUAGGCUGUCAUCAAACAAUUCUUAUUAAAAAAAUGAUAAAA